UCUUCCCGUGUGUUUGGAGUAGCUGUGGCGGGUUAGCGGGGUUAGCAGGGUUAGCCGCUCUAAGCGACACUACUGAGCUGUUUUUCUCCUCGGGAACGAAAUAAAUAGCGGAAAACGGAGCGUAGGAAAUGUGGUGAGACUGAGGAUAAGUAACUGCUGCGUUUAUAGAGCUGUGAGUGUGAUAUUUGUGGGUUAAAUCGCGGGGGAAGCCGCGGUUAGCCCGUUAGCCGCUGCUGGUGCUGCUGUAGUUCGGAGCGGAGAGGCGGGGGAUCCGGAGUCUCCGUGUUUGUGGAUGAAUCCGCUUUACUGCAGCCCUUCCUCCGCCAGCCUGCUCCGCCCGGGCUCCCUCUCCUCCUCUCGGGAUCAGACCCAGCUCUCCCCGCGGUACAUGGAUUAUCUGUGUUUCAGGACGCUGUGCUGUAAAGGUCCUCCCCCUCCCAGACCGGAGUAUGACGUAGUGUGUAUCGGACUCACAGGCUCUGGCAAGACCAGUUUACUCUCCAAACUUUGCAGUGAAGCCACAGACAGCAUUGUCCCUACCACAGGUUUUAGCAUCAAAGCUGUGCCAUUCCAGAACGCCAUAUUAAACGUCAAGGAACUGGGAGGAGCAGACUCUAUUAAGAAGUACUGGAGUCGGUAUUAUCAGGGCUCUCAGGGCGUGGUGUUCGUGCUGGACAGUGCCUCGUCAGAUGAAGAUCUGGAGGUGGCACGGACAGAGCUCCACUCGGCCCUGCAGCACCCCCAGCUCUGCACCCUGCCCUUCCUUAUACUCGCCAACCAUCAGGACAAACCCGCCGCCCGCUCUGUACAAGAGAUCAAGAAGUACUUUGAGCUGGAGCCGUUAGCUCGGGGGAAGAGCUGGGUGCUGGAGGGCAGCAUGGUGGAUAACAUGGACGGCGUGAAGGAGAGCUUUAGCCAGCUGAUCCACAUGCUGGAGGAGAAGGAACAGGAGAUCGGGAGGAUAUGAGCCGAGAAAAACCCGGAAAAACUACAAGUCCCAGCAUUUCUCACUCCAGACACUACAGUCCUGCAGCUCCCUGAUUCAGACCGGCCGGCCAAGCCCAGAGCAGAGCUCUGAGUUCUGCAUGAGCUCUGAGUUCAGUACUGACUCUCAGAUCACCUGAACAUCACAUCCAGUCCUUCAGUGUGAGGAUUCAGACCAGCCGGGAACAUGUGGGGCGUGACGUAUCUCUCAGAGUAUGAAAUCUUCUCUCGACGAUGUUUCGUAUCAACAGCGUCGAGUGCAGACAGACAGACAGACAGACAGCGUUCACAACACUUGAUUAUUAAUAUCAGUGAAUUUAUACGGUUAUUAUAGAUUAUUAUUAUUAUUAUUCUCUCUGUAAUACAGAACUAGUUGCACAUUAAAGCUACUUAACUGAAGAAGUUAAACACUUGCUUGGUAUGUAGAGAAAAAAUACAAAACUGGAGUUAAGUUCUACUUAAUCUGUAGAUUGUUCUGUUUAGCCACUUAUGUGUGUGUGUGUGUGUGUGAAUCGUGCAAAUGUAUAUAUGUUUGUGCGCGAUAGGUGUAAGUAAGUGUAAGUGUGUGGAAGUGUGCAAGAGGUGAACGUUUGUACUAAAAAGCCUUAAAUUAUGUGCUAAUGUGUUUUUAAAAACCAAACGAUAACACAGUGACAAAGUGUGUCCUUGUGAGUAUCAGUCUGUAGGUGUUCGAGUGAUCGGACGUCGCCGUAAUGACGUUUUAUUUUUAUUUUUUGUUCUUUAUUUUCUAUUCGUCAUCACUUAUUCCUCAUAGUGUCAAUGGAUUAUUACAAGAUACAAAUCGUAUUGUCAUGGCAUAUCUGUAAAAUGCAUGGCUCUGCUCUCUGUGUAUAAAUUUUAUAAAUUAUCAACAGCAACAACAAAAAUUUGCCAACUACAGAUGCAUUUUUUUUUUUGCAUUUUCAAGGAAUUUUGUCUUUAUUUCAAAUUUUCUUUGCAAAUAUAAGGGAUUCACAUUGAAACCACUGCAGUAUCAGAGUAUUUUAAAAUGGUUUUGAUAUUUGCGUAUCUGUAGCCUGUAGUGAUCUCUUUUCUAAUCGAUAGCAUCAUAUCAAAAUAUCAUACUAAAUUUUUGGUAGCAUUUUACAAUUAAUGAACAGUACUUACGACCGAGACUGGUAACACUAGUUGACACUAGUGAAGUCUAGGGGUGGGUCAAAGUAUCGAUAUCGAGAAACGAUAUAUCAUAUAAUUUCUGUUGCGAUAUGUGGCAUCAAAUAUCAAAUCUGUAUUUUUAUUGAAUCAUAAGACCCCAAUUAGACUUAAUACCACUGCUGCAUUACUCCACUAGGUGGCGCUAUAAUCAAUUAAAUAUCAUUAAUAAACAUUAUUGAUGUGUUGCAUCAAAUAUCGGUAGUUUUAUUAAAAUAUACACACUCUUAAUUCCCUAAAACUGAGCCCCAAUUAGACUUUCUAAAGUUGCUGCUUCAUUACUCCACUAGGUGGCGCUAUGGUCUAAUAAAUAUCAUUAAUAAGCAUUUUCGAUACCUGGCGUCAAAUAUCUGUAGUUUUAUUAAAAUAUACACACACUAAGCUCCUUAAAACUCAGCCCCAAUUCAACUUUCUAAAGUUGCUGCUUUAUUACUCCACUAGGUGGCGCUUUAAUAAAAUAAAGUGUCAAUAAUCAUUAUCGAGAUAUAGAAACAAAUAUCUGUAUUUUUAUUAAAACAAAGAUGCACUAAACUCCUAAAAACUUGCCCCCUGUUAGACUUUCCAAAUUUACUGCUUCAUUACUCCACUAGGUGGCGCUAUACUCAAAGAAAUAGUGUUAAUAAACAUUAUUGAGACAUGGCAUCAAAUAUCUGUACUUUUAUUGAAAUAUACACACUCUAAACUUCUUAAAAUCUCCCCCACUUAGACUUAACAAAGUUACUACUUCAUUGCUCCACUACAUGGCGCUAUAAUCCUUGAAUAGCGUAAAUAAACAUUAUCGAUACAUGGCGUCAAAUAUCAAAUAUCUGUAUUUUUAUUGAAACAAAUGCGCUCUAAACUCCUAAAAACGUGCCCUCUGUUAGACUUAAUAAGGCAACUGCUUCAUUACUCCACUUGGUGGCGCUAUAAUCAAAUGAAUAGCGUUAAUAAUCAUUAUCGAUACAUGUCAUCAAAUAUCUAUAUAUUUUUUUUUAAAAUAGGAGCUCAAAACUCCUUAAAACAUGACAUUAAUUAGAAUUAUUAAAGUUACUUUUUGAUUACUCCAUUAGGUGGUGCUAUAAUCAAAACUCCUUAAAACUCUCCCCCAAUUAGAUUUACUAAAGUUCCUGCUUCAUUAUUCCACUAGGUGGCGCUAUAUUCAAUUAAAUAGUGUUAAUAAACAUUAUCGAUACAAGGCAUCAAAUAUCUGUAUUUUUAUUGAAAUAUAUGUGCUUUUAACAUCUCCCCUAAUUAGACUUAGUAAAGUUACUCCUUUAAUGCUUUAUAGGUGGCGCUAUAAUAAAAUGAGUAGUCUUAAUAAACAUCAUUGAUACAUGUUGUAAAGCAUCAUAGAGAAUUAAUUGUCUUACGAUAUAUUGAGUAUCGCGAUAUGUUAUCGUAGGCAAAUUUUUGUGGUAAUAUUAUGCUAUUGAUUAUUCUAAAAAAGUUUACAUAAAAAUGUUAUAUUUUUUUAUGCAAAUAUAUCUAAAAGGCUUUAGUUUCCUCCUACCAAGGGGUGAGACACUUGCUCCGCCUCUCUCAUGUCCUUCAUCUGCCUCUCAUCUGCUAUUGGUGGAUUCGUGUAAAACUGACCAAUGAACACUCAGGAAAUCACUUAAGACACGCCCAUCACGUCAGAAACCUGUUCUUAAAGUCUUAAUCUAAAAGAGAGAAAUGCGUGUGUAAAUUAUGUGUUUUACCGCUGCUUUUUUUUUUUUUUUUUUUUAGAAAGCAGCAGUAGUUCCUGAGGGGUUCGUAUAAUAAAGAACAUAUAUGAAAAUAAUUAAUUAAUUAAAGACUAAAAAAAGAAAAUGUUUUUCUUUUUGUCUUUCUCCCAAAAUACAAGGAAGUACCAGCAUUAAAAGUUUAAAUUCAUAGAAUAUAUUGUUGUUGUAUUGAUUUAUACAGUAAUACCACUGAUAUUAAACAUUAAAACUAGAAACUAUUAAAAUGUUAAGUCUUAAGAAGAAGAAAAGGUGCGAUUAAUCGCAAUUAAUCACAAAUUAUUGGUGUAGUUAGUCUGAUUAUUUCAUGCAAUUGAUCAGCAUCACUAGUUAUGACAUUUAUUAAUCAUGCAAAUGUUUUACUUUAAUGAUCCUAAACAUUAAAAUUUACUGUAUUGUUUAAUAAUGUGAAUUCUUAACUAGUGUGCAUUAUUUAAUAAUUAUUUACACUAUAUUAAGAAAAGUUUGCAUCCCAAAGCAUUUCAAUCAGUUUGAGAUCAGGCCAGUCAAGUUUUAUCAGUCUAAGUGCUAUUAUAUUAUAUAUAUACACUAAAAUUGAUGUAUAGUCAUGUUGAAACAGGAAGAAGGAAAGUCGUCCCCAACUUUUUUCUGCAUAUUUGAGAGCCUGAAAUUGUCCAAAAUGUCUUGUAAAACUAAAGAAUUAGGAGAUCUUUUUACUGGAACUAAGGAGCUGAGCCUAACUCCUGUAUAAUGAUCCCCCCUCAGCCAAACUUUAGACUCGGCUCAAUGCAGUCAGACUGAAACAAGAAUUGUAAAAUGUUACCAAAAUAUGAAAUGUAUCUUCUUUACUUUUUUUUUUUUUUAUAGCUGUGACUCAUGUACUGUCUCGCUUUUAGUUUAUUUUUUCAUAGUAAUGAAUCACAGUAUCGCAAUAAUAUCACAAUAAUCACAGAUUCUGAUGCUGAUUUUGAUUAUUAUCAUUGUCAUUAUCGUAACAGACACAAUUAUCACUAAUCAAACACACAAAUCCCAGUUCUGUAGACGUGAAUGAAUUCACUGAGCCUUCACUUUUUGUAUGGAAGACGUGAUCUUUGUGUACAGCGUUCUUUAAAUUUAACGUACUUUAAUCCUCAACUCCUUUAAGUUUCUUCUUUUUUCAGAUUUUUAGUUUAGUUUAGGUUUUUUUUUUUUUGUUCAGACUGUUUCUCGGAAUGUAAAGCCCUCCUCUCCGCACCCGUCAGUUGUGCCUCUUUCUCUUUUUGGACACUUUUUAGCUCCUUUUUUCCUCCAGAACUCAAAAACUGCAUUUUCCCGACGGUCCGCGCGAGUCUCGACGAUCGUGUUCCUGUGGCCAAAAGUGUUCCUCUUGUAUAAACCGUACUGACGCCGCGGAUGUGUGUAGUGUGUGUAGUGUAAACAUGUUCAGCACACUGGUGUUGUUGUAUUUGUACCACGAGUUAAAAAAUAUAUAAAAUCAGCUGCCUUUUGUAAUUCAAGAAUUUGUACAUUUUGUUACAGAUUUAGUCUCGUUUUUUUAUUUAGUUUUUUUUUUUUUUGGCGUUUUUUAUUUUUUAUUUUCCCGCAGGGGCAUGUGCCUGUCUUUGUACUGGAAUAAAUCUCUGCAUUUAGCAGUUCUACACAAGCUGCUGACUGUGUGUAUAUACAGUAUAUAUAUGUAAUUUAUGCAUAAUUUCCACUGAGCAACAUGAACAAUAAAGGCUGAAUAAGAAAAAAA